AUGGCUUCGAAGACGAGCCAGGCUGCUUUCUGGCGAUAUUCUCUUUACAAGUCACCCAGUGGCGAAAAGCCUCUGGUUCAUUAUUGCACCAAGUUUGAACAAGCCGAGCAAGUCGCAAAGUACUUUGCAGGACAGCAGAUCAUUGGCUUUGAUAUCGAGUGGGAGAUGGGCAGCAGUGUCGCGAAAGGUAGCAUCAAGGACAAUGUGUCGCUCAUCCAAAUCGCAUGUGAUGAUCGGAUCGCUCUGUUUCAGGUUGCCUUAUUCGCUGGAGAGAGCAAGGAGGACCUUAUGCCUCCAUCACUCAAGAUCAUUCUGGAGUCUCCGGACAUUUUCAAGGCUGGUGUAAACAUUGCAGGCGAUUUCACUCGCUUGCGCAAGUGUCUUGGAGUCGAGGGGCAAGGAAUAUUCGAGUUGAGUCACCUUUACAAGCUGGUGAAGUUCUCCGAGAAAGAACCAGCUAAGGUGAACAAGUCGCCGUUGAAAUUGGCCGAUCAGGUGCAAGACGUCCUGUUUCUUCCUCUCUCGAAAGGAAAUGUCCGAACGAGCGCCUGGUCAAGGAGGUUGUCGAUGGAGCAGGUCGAGUAUGCUGCCACAGAUGCCUACGCAGGAUUCAGGCUCUUUCAAGAACUCGACAAGGCGAGAUCUUCCAUGACUCCAACGCCA